AUGACGAUAACUCGCCACCACCGUCGCUACUUGGCACUGUUAUCCCAGUUGAUAAACCGUUCGGCUUAUCGACAUCUGCUCCCGCAAAUCUUAACCCCGCAUUUUGUCAGUUGCGCGGUCAGCGACGAACGCAGUGGCGAUACAUCACCGCCGCAGGCGAACGAUGCCGACUAUGAUUGCUCCUCUCUCGAUAUUGCGAUAUUUGCUGACGGAAAACAGUAUCUGCAUGCUACUAAUGACUUCCAUGAAGAAGAUAACGCGGAGCAAGGGAGACCGUGGAGUGGAAAUUCAGAACGUGGUGAAGUGGCCUGCGGGGUUUACAACUACUACGCCUCGUUCAGAGACGCAUCCGAGAAGUUAUAUCCAAGCGUACCCCCAUCCUUCCGUUCUUUGAAAGACCUCGAUCCAGCAGUAAAGGCUGUACUGGAGUAUUACACAGCUGCCCACCUGACCCUGAGUGAAUCGCGGUGUUUGUUUAAUCUCCUGGCAUUUCUAGAAUCAAGUUACCCAAAGGCCCAGAGGAAACUCUCUAUUCAGUUCGACAACGCGGAUCGGUUUUCAACCUACCUUUACAAAGCAAGGAAGCGCAUAGUCGCACUUGAGGGCUGGAGGACGUCCGUCAUACAUUCUGACCACGGUAUCAAUAAGACGGGCGUAUUUCGACCAGUUUUCGACUUAAUGAUACAGGAGAUUAAAGAAUCAGGGGGAAUUGAUUCAGUUUUGCCAUUUGAGAAAGACUGUACUACAGGUGUGAGGCGGUUCUCAGCACCAUGGUAUUAG